CUUAAGGGUCAAAGGUGAUGGCUUUCAUAAGUACUGCGUUGAUUCUUAUGAGCUUUUCGACGUUUGCAAGUAAGACUUUACUAUGAUGAUUUCGACUGAGUUAUUUGAGAUGUUUGUAUUGUGCGAAACUCAUAUCUCUGUUCUUUCAAGCACAGGAGGCACGUGGAAAUACGGUGACAGUGAUCUGAAUCGUGGGGUUUAUGGCCCUGACGCAUGGGGAAACGUUGCUAGUGCAUGUCGUCAAGCCGACCAAUCACCAAUCGACAUUGUGACCAAGGAAGUAGAAUCAGAUUCGUCACUUGGAGAGCUGGACAUCACUUGUGAUAACGACAAAGGCUUGUUCAAUGGAAUACUGCUUAAUAAUGGAUACGAACCAGUGUUAACUGCUGACAAUGAAAGGGGCACUUGCAACCUGACUGGCAUUGCCUUGGACAACAAGAAUUUCGAACUACACGAUUUAAACGUUCACUUUGGGUGUGAUUCAGACAGAGGGUCCGAGCACACAGUGGACGGAAAACCUUUCCCGGCAGAACUGCAAUUGAUGUUCUACAACACAGAGUACGGAAGUUAUGAAAAUGCUGCCCCAAAACAAGACGGCCUCGCUGCCAUUUCAGUUCUUUUAAAGUUCUAUUUGGUUGGGAAGUCUAAAAACAAGGCAUUGGACAGCAUUGUUGAUCAAAUGGACGACGUUGCGGUGGAAGGUUUGCUAAAAUGUCCUAAAUCAACUUACUUCUGUACCUCUUCUGAUUCACAUCAAUGUCUACUUCCUAUCAAUUGUAUUGAAGGAUCCAGCAUUCCUGUCUAUACCCCAGCUGACAAUUUGACCUUGGCUGACCUUGUUCCGGACCUUGCUGAAGAGCAUGCUCCAUUCUACACUUACAAAGGCUCCCAAACUACCCCUCCCUGUUAUGAAACUGUGCAAUGGAUUGUCAUGAAGAAUCAAGUAACAGUUACAAAGGAUCAGCUUUUGGCUUUUACGAAACUCACGUCUGCAAAAGGAUCUGAAUGUGACAACUUUCGACCAACCACGCCGCUGAACGGUCGAAAGGUGGAAGCCAAUUUCUGAUUAAGGUGUCGUGGUCGUUUCUUUAUUUCUUAUUAAAGCCAUUUACAAAAUGUGGUCGAGAGUGCUUGAGCUUGAUUGGUGUGCAAACCCGGUCGAUGAUGCAUUGCAUAUCAUCACACGAUUGCCUUUUAGGAUUUUCUGAAGAAUUAUUUUGAGAAAUCCUCUCAGCAUGGGUACC